AUGGAGGCCUUUGCUGAAGCAUCUCUAGUAUCUACCAGUGGCUCGACCGACUUAUGGCCGCCUACGCAGCAGGAAUGGACUCUACGUGAGGCCGACGAGUUGGGCUUACGCUAUGAUGAAUUUGGACGGUUGCCGCCGUUUCUUGAUUUCAACACAAGUGAGCAGCUGGACUCGUUGCCUCUCGACCCUUUCCAAGCCUGUCUGUCGACUUAUAUUGACGGUAGGGCCUCGGCGGAGCGGUCUUCUGACGCAUCAGCCACGCCGGAUGCGCCACCGCCGCAGCAGCAGGAGGCUUGCGACUGUGCUAAACGAGUCUUCGAAAUCAUGCGGUUAUUGAAACGUUGCCCUGUGUCGCACAAUACCGUUAGCACUCUCCGCCUUGGUGCCGACCUUGUUGAGAAGCUCCUGAAGUGUGGCAUUUGCUACGAUAUUUCUAGCCCACCGCGCAACACUCUACAGAACGUCCUCCUCCUCGGCCGGCUGUCACUCGAGGUCACAAGUGGGUAUCAGAAAUACGUGAGAUGGCUCAAGGACCACUGUAGUGGUCUUUCAGAGAGGGGCAUGGACGAUACGGUAUAUCUCAUGCCUGGUGUGGAUGCCAGCUCGGCACUGGGCUUCAAGAUUAGUAGCGAUAAGUUUUACGACCUUGUCGUGGAUGGUCUGAGAAGCGAUGCAGAGAGGUUAUCGGACCUGGGCGGACAAUUUGCGGUGAGGCAGCAUAAUCGCCAUCUUGUCGGCCACGAGGCAUGCCCGGACCCGGAGGGACGUUGCUUGAAGGAAGAAAAGGACCAUGCUGCUGCUCCUGAUCUGUUGGAUGUCUGCCCGCAGAGCCCGGCAGCGAGGGUGUUGACGCCUUGCUAUCAGAUUGUUGACGAGGUGAGGUCUAAAAUUAAACAAUUCAAGGAUGCUGUGACUUGA